AUGCGUGCAAUUAUCAAGUCACAUAGGAAGAAUGAUACCCCAACAACAACACCAGCUACGACAGCGGGAGCCAAUACUACAACAGGAGCUGGCUCAACAGCUGCAGGAACAAUAACAACAGCUGCUGCUCCCGGCACUAGUUGUAAUAGGACGACGAUAAGGGACUUUGAUAGUGAUCGCUUCCCGGGUGGGAUCAAGAACACAACAGUAAACUACCAGCCACCGUCAAGCAGCCACGCACGGCACACACCUUUGCUGUCGCCCAAUGGACUUCAGUUCUCGCAACACUCGCCAUCUUCGACAAGCCUAGCUGGCUCGUCAAACACGGGGUCCCCGUUGAAGAUACUCAGUCCGUUCAAAAACCUAUUUUCCUCUUCGAAAUCGUCUCCAAAAUCAAAUGACAACUUACAAGAUGUGCUAAACAUCAAGACGUCGCCAAAGAAACCCAAGAACUUGCGUUUUAAAAAGCAUACACGAAGCCGAAGUUACGUUUCUGGCCAGUCCCCGAAUUUGAAGGAACUACCCAACGAAUCAGCCCUGCAUCUGGCGGAGAGGCCCGGCAUCAAGGAAUCGUUUUCGGCACCAUAUCUACGGGCACCAAAACAAUACUCGGAGGCGCCACCUGCUGCUACUACUGCUAGUAACACCACCACCACCACUUCCACUGCCACUGCCACGGCCGCUACCACCAAGAGCCCAUCAGUGAUGCCGUUUCAGGUUCACCAUUUAGGUGGUGGGGCUCCGCGAAAUUCCUCUCGCAACUCGCUUGGGCCGCCAAUCACUUUAUCGCAAAGACCAAGCCUAGAUUCUAGACUGGGUCUAUCUGACUCUGCUGUUGCAUCACCAUCACAAGCAUCACCACCGCCGCUUCCACCAACGACUCAGUGUGAAGAAGGAUUCAACAACCACCAGCCAAAUGUCUCUAGAGGCCACCUGGUGGUCUCCGAGAAUCACGACCAAGAUGACUCUCUUGAUGAAAGCGAUACUGCAUCUUCGCAAUUUUCAUUCCUGCAGGACAUGAUUGCAGGUCGAAAUGUAUCUGUAAAGUACUACAAGAUCAAGCCCGAGAAACCUUUUGAAAAGGAACCAAUAGAGCGGAACCCGUACGAUACGCAGGAUUUGGGCUACGAAGCUGACGAUAUUUCAGACUAUGACUUUGACAAUAACGGUAUGGAUGAAGAAGACGAUUACGAAGAGGAUGAUGAUUUUGGAGCAAAUCAUGACUUGUUUGAAGACUCUCCCAAAGUCAAGAACAGCGCGUCGAAUUUAGCAUACGAGACGACUGAUUCCGGGGAUGAUGGUUCCACUCAAAGGGUUUUUGGGGGUGAAGUUGCAAUUCCCCGCCAGCCAGUCAUUCGUAUUCCGUUAACCGAUGCAAACUUUUCGGCAUCUCCGCACACGCUUGCUCCGUUUAACCUGUCCUACCAUCUAUCGAUCCUGGGCCCCGAAAGCUUCUCAUCUGCAACUUCCAGCCCCAAAAAAUCCAAUUUUGAAGAUGACAUCUUGGAGAGUUACCUCACCAGGAGCCAGCUGAACUCUCAAAGUGACUUUGCCGCCGCGGCCAUGGAACCUCCAUUUUCCGACGACCAUGGAAGUUUCGAGCUAUUUGAAUUGAGCAGUCCCAUGAUCAACGGAUUGACAGUGGGCCAUAACUUGAGACACCGGUCGAGACGAGCAAAUGCCAAUCCUAAUAAGCUCCAAAUACAUCGCGAUCUAGCGAACCUGGAGUACUUGCCGUUGCACUCGGAGCAGCUGAAUGUCAGAGAUUUGAUGCAAGGCAGGUUGUUUCCGUCUUUCCACGGCUCCUUUGAUGAAAAAAUACACAGCCUCGUGCUUCAUAAAGUUGAAGAAUUUGAUCUGUUUUUUAGAGCCAUGCUGAACACAGACACGGCGUCUGUGAAUGUUGCUGAUGAAGCUGACUCUUUCCGGUCCUUGACAAACUCGAACGAAGCUGACGAAUCUGUGAGUACAGUUAUUUUCCCUGCGGGAUUUAAAGCCACCACUCAUGCCGCGGUUGAUGAAACGCAAGAGGUUGACAGCGUUGCUUUACGAAAAGACGAGGAGCCGAGUCUGGCAGCCUUGAACAUCAUGAACCUUCUUCUGAAUGCGGAAAGUAAAGCAGGGGGCUCUUUCCAGGAAUCGCGCGACAAUCUUGUGGCAAGCGAAACAAAGGACACCACAGACACCCAAACCGCUGAGGCAGAAGCGGACACCGACAUUGAACAUCGCAAUUCGAAUUUCGAUGAAACACAAAGUGCUAAUAAAUCGCGCAAAAACCGCGACUCAAUCGCAGAAAUGAUGGGAUUAUUGGCCAAUUUAGAAUCCGACAGAACUGGCACUUGUUACGACGCAAAACGAGGCAGCCAAACCAACAAACAGGCAGAUGGCAAUUCAGAAGGAGACAUGAUGGGUCUAGGGAUACAAACACCAUCACAUCUGAAAACCUCCCCACAUUACAAUACUCAAGCAUCCGCAGCUGACUCCAUGACGUACCUGGCGAGUUCCGACAACGAGUCGUCUGAGCUGACAGCAGUCAACGUCGAGACAUCGCUUUCCACAGGCAUAUAUUUAUCGCGGUCCAUCCAAAGAAUCCCUUCUUCAGACGCAAGCAACCCAGAUUCGCAGUUCAAACACAAGCCCUCAUUCAAGAGAUAUUCGUGGUUCAGCAGCCAAGAAAGCUUAUCGUCGAAAAACACGCCCAACGGCCAGUUCCUCAAGGAGAUCGACCCCACCGACGACUCCUUCAAACCGGUGCCCUUGGACCAGGACCUCCUCGACGAGAUCAACCUCCUACCGGAAGACUCCAUCGUGCUCGAAAAGGAGCAGCACGGCGGAAAAUAUCCGAGCAGUCCAGGUAUCGAGCACUCAAACUCGUUCAACCGAAAACCGAGGAAGAUGGUGUUGAGCACGCAACCGAAAUCCAACAAGAUUGAAACGUUGAACAAAACGGUGACUUUCUACAAGCGAGAAUCGAGCUUGGUGCUGGCUGCACCAGUCGAGUCAGGCGCGUUGAGGAACUUCAGUUUGAGAAGAGAAGCGUCGACGAGGUCAACUAGCUCGUGUCCUUCUGUGGUUGAGGACGCGGAAGAAGACGAGAUGGGCAACACACCACAGACAAACACUUCGCGCCCCUCAGUGCCCGUGCUCGUCAAAUUGAGAAAAUGA